UAUCGAUUGAGGUCUUAUGUUAGUAUAAAGCUUGAGUUUAAAUGGCUUGGUGUUUAAAAUGACAAAGUUUUUUAUUGUUCCAACUUGGUUCUGUGCUUUGGCUAUUGCUGCCAAUGCCUGUUCCAUUACCUUGCCGGAAGAUGUUCAGGGCUUUGCUCCCGUCAUUUUGACACGCAGUUCUGCCAAAGGAGAAUAUCAACUAUUUAAACCUACUGGCAAAACCACAGAAAUUCCUGACGGCACUCAACUCUUGCUUGCCUGUACUGGCAAAAAGAAUACCAUGGAAUCAGUGAAAUCGGGGAAAUCUGUGAAAUCGAAUACUUUGGAAUUGAAGUGUUCCUCGAACAAGUUCAAGGAUAAUAACAAUAAUCAACAUCAGCUGAAGAAUUUGGUAUGCAAAACCAUACCAAGUUCUAUCUUGAGAAAAACCAAUAACAAAUGCUCCAAAAAUAGAGGCAAAAUUUUGGAGGCUGGCUUUGAGUUAAAUAAAAAAUUCUAUGGUCCAGUGUUUGAGAUUUGCUAUGACAAGGAAAGCGAGACCACCUAUUAUACACACAACACCAUCAAUGGAGCCGCCAUUAAUUAUAACAUACAGGAGAGCACCCGCCGUGCCUUCAGUGCUGAUGGCAUGAAACUCAAAACCUCCAAGACCUACGACAUUUAUGCCAAGAAAAAUCAAGUUGAACGUUUCAAGAAAUUCUUUGGAGCUGGCCAGAAAUAUAUUGACGAUGCCAGUUAUUUGGCACGUGGCCAUUUGACCCCCGAUGCCGAUUUCGUCUUUGGUUAUGAACAAUUGUCCACCUACUACUACGCCAAUGUGGCACCUGAAUUCCAAAAUAUAAAUGCUGGCAAUUGGUUGCGUGUUGAAGAUUUAGCUCGUACUGUAGCCGGCACACAUGGUAGUGAUAUUGAGUCAUAUAAUGGCUAUUUGGGUCUCUUGAAAUUAAAAAAAUCUAAUGGCAACUUGAUUGAAAUCUUUUUGGAUGAUGCUAAACAAAUUGAGGCGCCCAAAUACUACUUCAAAGUGCUGUUGCAUAAGCCCAGUGAUGCUGGUAUUGUUUUUGUUACCGUCAAUGAUCCCUUCGUUCGAGAUGGUCCAUCAAAUGAGUUCUGCAAGAAUGUCUGCAAUGCCACCGAUUUGACUCAUCCCAAUUUCCCUACUGUGUCGAAGGGCUAUACCUUCUGUUGUAAAGUUGAUGACUUCAAGAAACACUUUGAAGGUUUGCCUUCGGAUGUUAGUGCCAGCAAAUUGUUGAAGCGUCAAAAACAAAAGUGAUCGAUAAAAAACUGUCUACAAAUUGUAUAUAAUUCAUGUACAUAUAUAUAAACAUGUAGUUUAUUUAAAAAAAUAGUAAAAAAAAUAAAAAAAAGCGAAGUCAUUGAAACACA